ACGGAGCAAAGAGAGAGAGGAGUACGGGGGGGAACAGUAAGAAAACAGAAACAACACCUAAAAAUAUCAUUCACAGUCGCCAUAGGUAGGGUGUUCACCUCUGAGUACUAAUGGGAAUUUAAUUAAGGUUUGUAUGUUAAAAAACUACAUCUAAAUUGGAGGGAAAGGGUUCGAAUUUUCCUUUUAGAAAAUAAACUCCCCAAAUGAACUCCGUCAGAGCCACCAACAGAAGACCCAGGCGAGUGUCGAGGCCGCGCCCGGUGCAGCCGGAAAGGAACAACCAGGAAAGAGAUGAGGACGUUCCUGCAGAUAUGGUCGCAGAAGAAUCUGGUCCAGGAGCCCAGAACAGUCCGUACCAACUCCGCAGGAAGUCCCUGUUGCCCAAGAGAACCGCGUGUCCAGCAAAGACCAGCAUGGAGGGUGCUUCCACCUCAAACACAGAAAACUUCGGCCACCGCGCCAAACGUGCAAGAGUAUCGGGAAAGUCACCAGACCUACCAGCCGCCCCUGCCGAACAGUACCUCCAGGAGAAGCUUCCAGAUGAAGUGGUCCUGAAGAUCUUCUCCUACCUGCUGGAGCAGGACCUGUGUCGGGCUGCCUGCGUAUGCAAGCGCUUCAGCGAGCUCGCCAACGACCCCAUCCUCUGGAAGAGGCUGUAUAUGGAGGUGUUUGAAUACACACGUCCCAUGAUGCACCCUGAGCCCGGCAAAUUCUACCAGAUCAACCCCGAGGAGUACGAGCAGCCAAACCCCUGGAAGGAGAGCUUUCAACAACUGUACAAAGGAGCACAUGUAAAACCAGGCUUUGCAGAACAUUUCUACAGUAAUCCAGCCAGAUACAAAGGGAGAGAAAACAUGCUGUACUACGACACCAUCGAGGAUGCCCUUGGCGGGGUACAGGAGGCCCACUUCGACGGCCUGAUAUUCAUCCACUCGUCCAUCUACACGGAUGAGUGGAUCUACAUCGAGUCUCCCAUCACCAUGAUCGGCGCAGCGCCCGGGAAAGUAGCGGACAAAGUGAUCAUCGAGAACACCAGAGACUCCACGUUUGUGUUCAUGGAAGGGUCAGAGGACGCCUAUGUGGGCUACAUGACCAUAAGGUUCAACCCAGACGAUAAGUCGGCCCAGCACCACAACGCCCACCACUGCCUGGAGAUCACCGUUAACUGCAGUCCCAUCAUCGACCACUGCGUCAUCCGCAGCACCUGCACAGUGGGUUCCGCCGUCUGUGUGAGUGGCCAGGGGGCAUGCCCUACUAUCAAGCACUGCAACAUCAGUGACUGUGAGAAUGUGGGGUUGUACAUCACUGAUCACGCACAGGGCAUCUACGAAGACAACGAGAUCUCCAACAACGCGCUGGCCGGGAUCUGGGUGAAAAACCACGGCAACCCGAUCAUCAGGCGGAACCACAUCCACCACGGCAGAGACGUGGGCGUGUUCACCUUCGACCACGGCAUGGGCUACUUCGAGAGCUGCAACAUCCACAGGAACCGGAUAGCGGGCUUCGAGGUGAAAGCGUACGCCAACCCCACGGUGGUGCGCUGCGAGAUCCACCACGGCCAGACGGGGGGAAUCUACGUGCACGAGAAGGGACGGGGCCAAUUUAUCGAGAACAAGAUCUAUGCAAACAACUUUGCCGGCGUGUGGAUCACCUCCAACAGCGACCCCACUAUCAGGAGCAAUGCCAUCUACAACGGUAACCAAGGCGGUGUUUACAUAUUUGGCGACGGGCGAGGCCUUAUAGAAGGAAACGACAUCUACGGCAACGCCCUGGCGGGGAUCCAGAUCCGGACAAACAGCUGCCCCAUCGUCCGGCACAACAAGAUCCACGACGGGCAGCACGGGGGCAUCUACGUGCACGAAAAGGGGCAGGGCGUGAUCGAGGAGAACGAGGUGUACAGCAACACCCUGGCGGGCGUGUGGGUGACGACGGGGAGCACGCCCGUGCUGCGGAGAAACCGGAUACACAGCGGGAAACAGGUGGGGGUGUAUUUCUAUGACAACGGGCAUGGAGUGCUGGAGGAUAACGACAUCUACAACCACAUGUACUCCGGGGUUCAGAUCAGAACUGGCAGCAACCCCAAAAUCAGGCGGAACAAGAUCUGGGGAGGUCAGAACGGCGGAAUCUUAGUUUACAAUUCCGGGUUGGGGUUCAUCGAGGACAACGAGAUCUUCGACAACGCCAUGGCGGGGGUGUGGAUCAAAACGGACAGCAACCCCACGCUCCGAAGGAAUAAGAUCCACGACGGGCGGGACGGCGGGAUCUGCAUAUUCAACGGAGGCAGAGGACUGCUUGAGGAGAAUGACAUCUUCAGGAACGCCCAGGCGGGGGUACUGAUCAGCACCAACAGCCAUCCUAUCCUGCGCAAGAACAGGAUAUUUGACGGCUUUGCCGCAGGUAUUGAGAUUACGAAUCACGCCACGGCGACACUAGAAGGCAAUCAGAUUUUCAACAACCGCUUCGGAGGACUGUUCCUGGCGUCUGGAGUUAACGUUACAAUGAAAGAUAACAAAAUCAUGAACAAUCAGGACGCCAUCGAGAAAGCGGUGAGCAGAGGGCAGUGCCUGUACAAGAUCUCCAGUUACACCAGCUACCCAAUGCACGACUUUUACAGGUGUCACACCUGCAACACGACGGACCGCAACGCCAUCUGCGUCAACUGCAUCAAGAAGUGCCAUCAAGGGCACGACGUAGAGUUUAUUAGGCACGAUAGGUUUUUCUGCGACUGUGGUGCUGGGACCUUGUCGAACCCGUGCACGCUCGCCGGAGAGCCGACGCACGACACGGACACUCUGUAUGACUCCGCACCCCCUAUAGAGUCCAACACAUUGCAGCACAACUGAGCUGCCCCACCCCCCACCCACCUCCCCCUAGCCCGUUAUCUUGCCCCUGAAAUCAAGAGCUUCUGCCACUCUUAACCCAGAGAGACUCCAUGUGUAAAAUAAAUCAGUGUGGAGAAGUAACAAGAUUAAAAAAAAAAAGAAAGAAACUUGAUAAAAUAAAAUAAAAAAAACUGAUAACACAAGCUGCCCAAGUUCUGAAUGGAGAGGUUUAUAUAUUUAAAAGAAAAACAUUAUUCUGCUGUCUGUGGACGUGGCGCUUUUUUUUUUCCUUUUUUCUUCCCCCUCCUUGCGGCGUUUUGAAGAUGGAAUACAAAAAAAGGUGUCGGACGGCAGACAAGUGUGUUGACUCAGAAUUCAGGGGAUUGGAGGGAGGGUGGCAGCGUGUUUCAUUUAAGGCAAAACGAGACUGCCUCAACCCCUCCCCCAAGGCCCACGGGCCCUGCUGAGGGGGGGAGAACCGAAGUGGAAAAGUCAUACUGCAGUUUUAUACAGACGAGUGUGGAGCCAUAGUCCCCCCUCCCUUUGAGGCGUCUUCUGUACAGGAAGCAGAGCCACGCCUACCCUGGCAACCGUCGGCUGGUAUAUAUGUAUGGUAAAGAAAAAAAUGUGACCUAGCACUUCGGCUUUUUUUUUUUUUUUUAAACAUGUUAUU